CACAGAGGAGCUUCUCAAAACCUGGAAUUAACCCAAGCAGGUUCUACACACUGAGCCGGGGAUAUCUGACGUUUUCCCCCUGAUGAUGCGCGGAAAAACAAAAUGAUCAUGGAUGUAGGGGGACCUGCUUUUGAUGCGCUCCACGGAUCUUCUGGAAAAGGCUGUAACACUCACACAGUUUGUUCAGGUUUUUGAUAAAUGUGAAGGGAAAAGAACUCCAAAGUGGUCCUAUCAGAUCAGAUCAGAGACUUUUGGUGUGGAUGGACAGGUCAGGGGGUGCAUAUGCAACACGGUGUGGAUUUAUGGGAUUUAUCUGCCUCAAGAAUCCGUUUCUUGAUCGGAUGAAAUAAGAAGAAGAAUGUAUGGAAUAAACCAGCGCUGUAUUUACAUAUCGUUUCAUUUUUUCGUGCUGUGGUGCCAUGCUCAGGGGGAGAAUCACCCGUCUCCUAAUUUUAACCAGUAUGUGAGGACGCAGGGCGCAGUGACGGACCAGCUCAGCCGCAGACAGGUCAGGGUUUACCAGCUCUACAGCCGCACCAGCGGGAAACACGUCCAGAUUCAGGGCAAAAGGGUCACCGCCACAGCUGAGGAUGGAAAUGUGUACGCUCGACUCUUUGUUGAGACAGAUACCUUUGGCAGUCGAGUGAGGAUAAGAGGUGCAGAAAGUGGGCGCUACCUCUGCAUGAACCGGAAGGGGAAACUAGUCGGAAAGCCCAAAGGCCGGAGCAGGGACUGUAUCUUCACAGAGAUAGUACUGGAGAACAAUUACACGGCCUUCCAGAAUGCCAAGUAUGAAGGCUGGUAUGUGGCUUUCACCAGAAAAGGGAGGCCCAUCAAAGCCUCCAGGACGAGGGAGAACCAGAGAGAGGUCCACUUCAUCAAGAGGCUGCACACGGGCCCGCCUCCCUUCCCCAACACGGACCAAAGCAAACACUUUGAGUUCAUACGGUUUCCGGCCACACGUCGGGCGAAGCGGAACAGGAAAUCACAUACCUCUUCCUAACACGCAGGAGCUGAACGGACUGACGACAAACCGCAGUAUAGGAGAAGACACAGAUGCAAUUUUAUUUUUGUAUAUUUUUGAUAGUUAAAAGAUGACUGAAAUGGCAUAAAUCUAAAGUAAUAUUGCUGUACAAUGAUCAUGUGUAAAUACUGAAACAGAGUAAAGCAGAUGCAUUAUA